CCCGAGCCUGAGACACACACACAUUACGUCUGAGGGCUGUUCUCACACGAUGUGGCAAGGCAACCCAGGGAGCCAUAACACUCACAUUCAGGGGGAUGACCCGGCCUCAGCUGCUGCACGAUAAAAUUGAAGAAGCACAAAAGAAGUUGAACAGCCCAGAAGAAUCACAAAAAGAAAUCUCAGAUACUGGUUCAAGAAGACGCUUAGAUGCUGCUAAAGGUGUCAAGCGGAAAAAGAUUGUAACUGAAAAUAAUCUGAAGAAAAUCCCUAAGUCACCUCUAAGAAAUGUUCCUAAAGAUAAGCAAAAACAUGAUUUAGAGGCCUUCUCUUCUCCUAAUAAUCCUUCUGGCUCGGACUGCUCCAAAGAAAAGUAUCUAUUACCUCGCCAAAACCUUAAACAAAACAGCAAGCAAAGUAAAAGUGUGGGUAGGUCUGAUCUGAUUGUUGAAUCUGUGAAGUGUGAAGCAUCAAUGCAAGCUAAAAAUCCUUCCAUACCACCAGACUUAUGCAAUGGGAGGAGUGAGGACUGCGAUUUUAGAAACAAAUUAACUUCAUCAGCAGAGCUUUCAGUUUCCAGGACAUCACAGAGCAAUCAAAAAAGUGCAAAUGUUAGUUAUGAAAAUAAAUACAAACAGUCCUCUUGUGCAAAUUCACCAUUUGAUGUGUUAUUAAAAGCUAUGGAACCUGAGCUGAAUACUUUGAAUGAAUCCUGGCCUCCAUGUGGUACACAAACUGAAAAACAAGGACUUAAUAAGAUUUCAACAAGUUAUACAUCAAAUGCAGGUUCUAAACUAUCUACUUCUCAACAUGGGAUUACUUCAAAAUAUCUUCAUCAUCUUUGUGCAAGUCAUAGUGAUCAAAUUUGCUCAUCAGCAGAUGUUUCUCAGCAUGUCCGUGUUUAUUCAAGUAGUGACCAAGAACGUCAUUGUUAUACAGCACUACAAAAACAGCAACCUACAACAUGUCUUAGCUUCUCUGAUUCACUGGAAACUAUUAAGCACCAACAAGGUUACCAGUUGGCUAAAACAUCAUCUAAUGUUCACCCUUCAUCUUCUACUGCAACUCAGGUUCUUUCCCUGCCAGGAAAUACUACUUCUCCUACUAAUCACUCUAAGUUAUCAGGAAAUUCUACAUAUAACUUAACCCAGGUAGCUUCACUUAUUAGUGGGGAGCAAAUGUGUAAUAUUGUUCUAAAAGAUCAGAAACCUAAAAAACAAGGUAAAUACAUUUGUGAAUAUUGCAACAGGGCUUGUGCAAAACCAAGUGUCCUCCUAAAGCACAUUCGAUCCCAUACAGGAGAACGCCCAUACCCGUGUGUUACUUGUGGAUUUUCAUUUAAAACUAAAAGUAACCUGUACAAGCACAAAAAAUCUCAUGCACAUGCCAUUAAGCUUGGGCUUGGUCUACAGUCAGAUUCUGAAGGCAUGAUCCUUUCCCAUGAUUCAGAUAAAACACUUUGUAUUCAUUCAGAUGUGGAUGAUAGUGGGGAAAGUGAUGAUGAGUAUACUCAAGAGGAUAGUCUCUCUGGCCAUGAAAGUUCUGAGAAAAUAAAAAUCUCACCUGGGGCAUCAUCACAUAAAGAAAAUAGCAUGUCAUACAGUACAGUUUUAUUGCAAGAAACCUCUGUACAAGAGAAAAGUAUAGAAACAAGACUGACAGCACCACCUAAAGUAGUUGUUUAUCCUGUGAGCAUUUCUCCUUUGAGAGCUGAUAGCCCAAAAUGCCUAGAGUCUUCAGAACAUUUUGUUGCACAGAUGCCAGAAUUUAAAGUAAAAAAUAAGAAUCCAAAUAUAUUACGUAUAUGCUCAUUAAGUGACACUGAACAGUCAUCUCAUAUGAAGUGUGAAGUUGCUAAAGUAGAAGACAAGCCUCCAGUAAAUAUGGUAAAUGCUCAUGCACAGUUACAGAGACAGCAAGCUACAGAUUUUUCUCAAGAUCAGCAAAGCAAAUGUCUUCUAAGCCCUAGAAGCUUAGGUAGCACAGACUCUGGUUACUUCUCCCGUUCUGAAAGUGCUGACCAAGCAAUGAGCCCACCAACUCCCCUUCUAAAAUUUCUACCAGCUUCUGAAAAAGACUUUUCGAAAAAUGUUACUUCCCUUUCACAAACAGGUACUUCUGUAGUGCAGAUUAUUCAUCCAGUUAGUGUUGAUAAACCAACAAUUAUUACAGGUACAAUGCGUCCCCCAUUGGGAACAAAAUCUUUAGAAGAGCGUAUUUCAAAAUUGAUAUCGGACAAUGAAGCUGUAGUGGAUAACAAACAGUUAGAUAGUGUUAAACCUAGACGCACCUCUCUUUCUAGAAGAGGAAGCAUAGACUCCCCAAAGUCCUACAUAUUCAAGGACUCCUUCCAGUUUGAUUUGAAACCGGUGGGAAGACGCACUAGCUCUAGUUCUGAUAUACCAAAGUCCCCAUUCACUCCAACUGAUAAAUCAAAACAAGUUUUUUUUCUAUCUGUUCCAUCUCAGUUUCCUUCUAUUGACUGUUUACCUAUUACUCGAAGUAAUUCAAUGCCCACUACUGGUUACUCUGCUAUUCCAACAGUAAUUCCACCUUCACAUACUCUUCGAGGAAGUCAAUCAUUUGACGAGAAAAUAGGAUCAAUGUAUGAUGAUGUUUUUAUAUCAGGACCUUCUACCCCCCAACAAGUUGCUCAUCCCCGAAUGCUUGUUAGACAAGCUGCAGUAGAAGACUCAUCAACUGCAGAGCAUUGUGGGCUUGGACCAGCACGAUCAGUUGAUGAAAGCUAUACUGGAAGCAAAGUAUCACCAGAUCUUUUGCUGCCAAGGAGUAAAUCGUUUGUGCAGUCAUCUAGCUUAGACAAGAGUAAAAAAGCCCAUCAAGUUAGGGGUACUAUGUUUGAGUGUGGAACAUGUAGAAACCGUUAUAGAAAAUUAGAAAAUUUUGAAAAUCACAAAAAAUUUUACUGCUCUGAGUUACAUGGUCCAAAGAGUAAAACAGUUCGAGAAACAGAACACAAUUCAAACACAAGCAGUACACAACCUCAAAUUCUUCACUACAGAGUUGCAAGUUCAACAGGGAGUUUAGAACAGCCUCUGCAAUUCAGGAAAAGGAGAAAGAUGAAAAGUGUAGGUGAUGAUGAUGAGCCACCACAAAAUGAUGGACAUAGUAUUUCAGAAAAUACAGAAAUUACAAGUGCAGGAAAUAUAAAGAAUUCAUCUACUAUUACAAUAUUGGGGUCGCAGUCAUGUAGUGUGUCAACAUUCAGUCCUCAGUUGGUGCCAAGAAGCACAGACAAUGUUGACAUUAAUCUGUCUACAGUUGAAAAAAAAAUAAGUUUUUCUUCCCAAGAGACUGUGGAGUUAAAAUGUCAAGGAACAGGCAUUUCAGUAAUUCAGCAUACAAAUUCUUUGAGUAGGCCUAAUUCAUUUGAGAAAUUAGAGUCUGUUGACAGAGGAUCACCUAUCACUUCAUAUGAUUUACAUAAACCUACUGUAUCACAUACAGCUUGUGUUGAUCAUGAAGAUGGUUCCCGUCAUAAUUAUUCUCAGACCUCCUCUAGCAGGUCACUUGAAAUAUCCAUUUCAGAACUCAAUGAAAGUCAAAGAAUGAUCUCUACAGACAGGAACACAUUAGCUACACAAUCCCGUCUUGUACGUCAGCAUAACAUCCAGGUUCCAGAGAUAUUGGUUACUGAAGAACCAGAUAAAGAUUUGGACAAUCAGAUAAAUGAUCAGGAACUGCUAGAAAAAUUUAGUUGGCCACAACGCAGUGGAAGCCUCUCUAGUUUGCCAACAGAAAAACUACCCCCAAAAAAGAAGAGAAUUAGACUGGCUGAUCUUGAGCAAUCCUCUGCGGAAUCAAGUUUUGAUUCAACACUUUCAAGAAGUUUGAGCCGUGAAAGCAGCUUAUCUCGUGCUUCAAGUUUUUCUGCAUCAUUUGAUAAAGAAGACUCUUCAAAACCUGAGGCUCCUUCAAAAGGAGAUCCAGGAAACAAAUCACUAGAGUUCCUUACGAUUCCAUCAGGCUUAAACACUUUUGGUGUGCCCAGGGAAAUGAGACGUGCUGCAUCAGAGCAGAUUAACUGUACCCAACCUUCUGUGGAAGCCAUGGAGUACCGAAGUAAAUCUUUUGAUUGCGGUAGUAUGUCACGUUCAAGAUCUAUGUCACCUACUAUUAUAACAACUCCUACUUCUCAGGCUUGCACCACAAAUAGCGGACAUGUACCUUUAUUAGAAAGGAGGAGAGGACCCCUGGUUAAGCAAAUAUCUUUAAAUAUUGGUCCAGAGGGAAACAUCCCUGUAGCAAAAUCUAAAUUUCCUAAUCAGCUUUCUGAAAAUAAACAUUUCUCACAUUCUAAUGUAAAAUCAAUGGAAAGAUGUCAUACAGAAGUUAAUGUAAGUCUUAAGGAGACUACAAAAGAAAAGUCUGUAAGUGAACUGCAGUUUUCAGACCAAAGUUCUAAGCUUCCUAUCGUCUCAUCUAUUCAGCAAUUGGACAGUUCUGGUUUACCGAAUGUCACAAAUGCAUCCUUAUUAAAUAAUGAUCUUUUUACCUCUAUACUAAAUACUUCAAAAAGAGAUGACAAGGAAGGCACUUCUUCCAGUAAUGGGAAGGAUUGCUUUGCUCCAAAAUACCAGCUAUGUAUACAGAAAUUCCAUGAAAGUCAAUCUUGUUCUUCCAAACCGUUAAUAAAUAUGUUGCCAUAUAAUAGAGCUCUUACAGAAACUAUUCCUGAAGCCCAUAGUAGCAAAUCAUGGCAAUUGGCAUCUCCUGACAGCAGCAGUAUGAAUAAACAUAAUAAAUCUAACAAUUUCAGUAGUAAGAUUCAGAAUGCACAGUCUGUAUCUGUGCCUGUGCAUAACUAUAGCAUUUCUUCAUAUUAUGGUUUUUCGGCCAUUUCAACGCUUCCAGAAAUUUUGGUGACACAAUAUCAAGUUAAUCAAGUGGUUUGCAAAACAAGUACAGUACCUGUGCCAAAUUCUAGAAAUAAAUCACUAAUACCAAAGUGUUAUGAAGAAACCAGCCAUACUAUUUUAAUACCACAAAAAGCAAGCCUAUAUGAAGGUUGUUUUUCAGAAUCUGCAGGUGGAAAAUUUACAGAACUUGAGACUGUUUUUCAAAAAAUGCCAGUUGCUGGCCUCCUUCCACAACAAGAGAUAGCUGCCUCUAGCAAGAGAAUGUUGUCACCAGCAAAUAGUUUGGAUAUUGCCAUGGAAAAACAACAAAAACGUGUUAAAGAUGAGAACGGGGCUGCAUGUAACACCAGUAUUCAACCGACGCAUUUAUUGGGUUUGAAAACUAGUGAACCUUCUAAACAAAGGAAACCAAUGCUGGUUAGACAGCUCUGCACUACAGAUCCAAAUGAAAGCUUAGAUCAAGAUCCUAUUAUUGCACUUGGGAAAAAUGAUCAGGAAAAUAGUUCUUCUGGAUCUCUGCUCAGUGACUUUUGUGGAUCUAAACAUUUAGUUGCCUCUUGUUCUGAAGAUAAAAAUGAAUGUGAAAAAAAAUCAAAUGAGCAGCCAUGUUCUGCAGUAGCAAUAGCAUCAGUAUCUUCUCUGGUAAAUUUUCAAAGGUCCGUAUUCAGUAGCCAAGAUAGGUCAGCUGUGUCUACAAAAGCAGUGCAUCUUCAAGGCCAAGUAAAACUAGGUGCAGCAAUAUCUGUUGUCAAUGUUGGAGACAUGCAACGUCUGUCAUUCCCAAGCCUCAAAACCUUAACAAGUUUUACGUGGUGUUAUCUUUUGAAGCGGAAACCAAUGCAUGUUGCUCAGAAUGACCAAAAGACAUCAGCCUAUGCUUCCUGGAAUGUUAGCCCUAAUAAUCCCAAUCCACUGGGUUUAGCCACUAAAGUAGCACUUUCCCUUCUGAAUUCUAAACAGAAGUCUCAGAAAUUCAUCUUUACUCAAGUUAAAACCACUCAUGCAAGAUGUGAUACUCUGGUUUACUCAAGCAAGUGGAAAAGAAUGACAAAAAAGUCUUCUGGAAACCUUCAGGGUGAGCAAACAAACUCUGAAUCAAGUGCUGAACAAGAUAAAGAACCUUUUCUUAACAAAAACGAGCCAAGAAGGGUCAAGAUAUUUGAUGGAGGGUUUAAGUCAAAUGAAGAGUAUGUGUAUGUGCGAGGCAGAGGAAGAGGAAAGUAUAUUUGCGAAGAAUGUGGAAUAAGAUGUAAAAAACCUAGCAUGUUGAAAAAGCAUAUUCGAACUCACACAGAUGUCCGACCAUACCACUGCAACUACUGUAAUUUUUCCUUCAAAACAAAAGGAAAUUUAACAAAACACAUGAAGUCCAAGGCACACAGCAAGAAAUGUAUGGAUAUGGGAAUUGCAGUAGGCCCAGUAGAUGAACAUGACACAGAUGACUCUGGUGAGAGACAGAGAUAUGGUGAUCGCUCAGGAUUUGAUGUGGAUGAUUCUGAUGGUCCAGAUGAAGAUGACAAUGAUAUUGAAGAUGAAGAUGAAGACAGUCAAGCUGAGUCCAUCCUUUCUGCUACACCAUCUGUUACUGCUAGUCCUCAGCAUUACUCCUACCGAAGCAGCCAGCAAGAAGUCUCCAGCGCUGAUGAGGACCUCAGAAUGUCCCAUGGUUUUGUUCAGUCAAAUUCUAUUGAUAUUCUUCCGAAAGCAUUGAUCACCAGGAUGACGGCACUUACAACUAAAUCAGAUAGCAGCCCAGAAAAUCCCAAUCCAAGUGAAAGUUUGGUGCAGAAUAUAGUAAAUCAAAAAAGUGAAACAGCAUUUCCAAAAUCAUUAUGUCACCAAAUGUCUGUGGAUUAUCCAGAUACUGAAGACAGUUUGGAGAGCUCCACAGAAAAAACUAAAUUAUCUGUAUCAAAUGAUUCUCCCUCAUUGAAUAUACCUUCAUCACCUGUUGACAGAAGUACACAGACAAUGGAUUCCAGUGCCGAUACAACACACAGUGAUUUUCACCAGCAUAAACCAACCAAGGCACCUCCACAGGCAGCUCAGAUGGCCCCUUCUCAUACUCAUCUUUUCAGCCAUUUGCCUUUGCAUUCACAACAGCAUGUGAGGUCACCAUACAGCAUGAUACCAGUAGGAGGGAUUCAGCUUGUGCCUGCUGGCUUAGCAGCAUAUUCCACGUUUGUUCCACUUCAAGCUGGACCAGUACAGCUCACCAUACCUGCUGUGGGAGUAAUUCACAGAACUACAAGUGCAGUUAGUGAAAAGGUUGCAGAGGUACCAAACAACUCAAGCCCUAUAGGAGUAGCUGAAGUUAAUGGAGUUGUACCAUGUAUUCCGAUAGGCCAGGUUAAUAUGCAUGGUAUUGGUACAUCAACACUCCAACCCAUUCAACCAUUAAACAUGGAAACUUUAAAUAUAUUAGGGUUAACAAAUACAAAUAUAGCUCCGCAGAUCCACCCUUCUGGGCUUACUCUGAAUGCUGUUGGUUUACAAGUUGUGGCAGCAAGUCAUUCACCUCACAAUAACCCAAGCCCACAGACUCACAUUCCAGGUCUCCAAAUACUGAACAUAGCUUUACCAACUAUAAUCCCAUCUAUUAGUCCACUGACCGUAGAAGGCCAUGCAGUCCCUGAUAAAUCUCCAUCAUGUAGCACAGCACCUGCUCAAAGUCCAGCCAGCUUUGCUGUUGCAGACAAUAAAACUAGUAAGCCAAACGAAUCUCCAAAGGUUUCACCAAGAAUGGAGCGGCACCAUACAACUUCCAGUAAUAAUGUUGCAGAGGAGAAACGCACAACUUCUUUAAAGACAUCUGACAAUGAUAAACUAAAAAAUCAGCAAUGUGACAUUAGUUCCAGUCAAAUUAAAACCUCUUCAACACCUGAUCACAUUUUGAAUGUUUCUUCUGAAGGCUCACACAGGUCUGUGAGUCAAACUUUUUCUCCUCUUACACAUCGAAGAAGAGCGGAGAUGGUCUCCAGGCAGAACACUGUGCAGUUUAGUGAUACCAGUAGUGACGAUGAAGACAAACUGGUUAUAGAAACCUAAAUCUUUGUUACCAUUUUUUAGGUUCUUUUUUUUUUUUUUUUUGUUACUUUUUUGAGGGUGGGGUUAUAGAGACACUUAAAAGGUUUGUUUGAAAACCUUCCUUAUAUUUAAAGCACAUUUUUUUCUUACACAUUACUUAUACUUGUGCAAUCAUGAACUCUUGACCAAUAAUUGUUUUUUGUCUGCUCCUGCCAUUUUUUGUACAUGUUGUAUAGACAAUUGUGCCUUUCAGAGUUUUAUGUGUAGAAAUCUGUACAUAUUGGUGAAUAAAAUAUAUAUAAAUAUAUAUCUAUACAUAAUAUUAUAUAUGUACAUAACCAAGGUAGUUGCUUGUGUUUAGUACGUAAAUAUCUCAUGUCCAGUAAAAUUAUUAAAUUAUAAAAUACAUGUAUAUGUUGCACUGUUAAAUGUACUUUUUUAUGGAUGUGGGGCAAAUUUCUGUGUACAGAUCUUGUAUGUAAAACUUCAUAUUUAUUGUGUCCAUAAUAGUCUUGGAAAAUGGUUCUGUCCAUCUUUGUGUGCAAGACAGUAGCUUUACACUUAAAACAGAAAUUCUGUGUUAACAAAUAUUCCAGUAAAAUUUUUAUUACUGACUUCUUUA